AUGAAGGCAUUCAGGGAGCUCGGACGCCCUAUCAUAUAUACGGACGAAACAUUUGUGCACGCAGCACAUACAGCUUUGAAAUGCUGGCAGUCGGAAGAUGUUGUUCUCGAUGUUCCAUUUAAUAAAGGCGAUCGACUCAUCAUUGUACAUGCUGGGUCUGACGCUGGCUUUGUUAAAGGUGCCGGAUUAGUUUUUAAAUCGAAAUCACGCAGUGGAGAUUACCAUGAUGAAAUGAACUCAGAAAAUUUUCAGAAAGGGUUAACGAAACAACUCAUACCAAACUUGCCUGCCAAUUCUGUUGUUGUCAUUGAUAACGCACCAUAUCAUAAUGUCCAGGAAGAUCGCUGUCCCUCACAGUCAACGUUAAAAGCGGAAGUGAAAAACUGGUUACGACGAAAUAAUAUCCGAUUUGAUGACAACAUGCUAAAACCGGAACUUCUGGAGUUAUGCAAAAGGAACAAGCCUGCACCUAAGUUCGUUGUUGACAACAUUCUUAAAAGUCAUGGACAUGACUGUAUUCGGUUACCGCCGUACCACGCAGAUCUAAACGCUAUUGAGUUGAUCUGGGCUAACUUGAAACGACAGGUUGCAGUUCGCAAUUUCAAGUUUAACUUGAAAGAAGUCUCUUCUCUUGUUGAAGAAGCUUUCGGACAGAUAACACCCAGCGACUGGAAGUCAUGCUGCGAACAUGUGAAAAGGGUGGAGAAGGAAUUUGGCAACAGGAUGUUGCCAGAGAUAUUGAUAUGGAACGGUUGGUGA